AUGUCUGUUUCAGGCUUAAAGCCAAAGAUGGCCUCGCAAGCAUACGAGAUGCUUGAACGUCAGAUGAUGGAGAUCACAAACCCCAAGCAGCUAAAGGACCAGCUGGUAAGCCUGUGCCGUGAAAUCCAAGAUCUGGUACGAGAAUCCGAAUGCAUGGAUAAGAUACUUGGGCGCCAAGUCCAUGCACUUAGUAAGGCAGAAAACGUCGGCGACACCGCGGUUACACAAAAACUUGACCUUUUGCGAGCUGAGUUGGCACAAGUGGUUAGUGAGGAAAAGGAGCUUACGGAGCAGGUUAGAGCUAUGAAGCGGACAGCAGCCAAAAAGGGACAGGAGGCCAAACGAAUUCGGACUGAAGCUGGCAACGCGAUUAAAGUGGAUGGCAUCGAUCGCUUCCCCGUGACGCUAGCAGAGGUUGAAGCCUUCCUCCUACAGAGACCAGAUGUCACCAGGGCUGAGGUUGAUGAGGGAAUUGAGUUUCUUUGCAAAGAACAUGAGAGUUUAAAGGCAAUAAUCGAGCAGUACAUUAAUGCAAAGGCGGAAGCAGAAAGUGAGGUUCAUGGGGAGUUGGCGGAGCUAGGCAAAAAAUUCGCCAAGCUUAAUCGCGAAAGAGCAAAGCUAUCGAUGGACCUCGAAAAGCAACUCCACUGGAUCCACAUUCUUACAAUUAGACUGCGGAGCGUGCGUCGCGCAGCUCAGGCGGCCGCGAAAUCGCCCCAGGCACGGAAAUCCGUGACCUCUCCCAAUAUUCCUAUGGAUUCUGGUGCAGAAAGAGGCCCUGCCAAAGCAAAGAAAAUCCCGGUUCGGUAG